ACGAAACACGGUCGUAGAAUUAAGUGCAAUAAAUGAAAUGGGCGGUUGUAGUGCAUUAAAUUGUAAGAAUAGGAGUGAAGCCGGGUUUCAAACGUUCCGUUUCCCAACGGAAGCAGAAAGAAGAAAAAAGUGGUUAAUAAAUUGUCGGCGUGACAAAUGGAUACCUUCCUCGAAUUCAAGAUUAUGCGAGAUUCACUUUGAAAGCUCUCAAUUUGAACAAAAUAGGCAAGAUGGGUUGAGAAAAUUAAAGCCAAAUGCUGUACCAACGUUAUUUGACAUGUAUCAAAUCCACCAAAAAGAAUUGAAAGCAUGA